UAAAGGUGGGUUGGAAUGCAUCGGUACCACAAUGUAUCGACAGUGAACCACCAACAUUCCAUAAUUGUCCAACAAAUCCGGUUUAUAUUCUAACAGAUGAUAAUGGACAACUUUUACCAGCUAUUUAUGAAGUACCAACUGCAGCUGAUAAUUCCGGAUCAAUAGCAUAUAUACGUGUAACACCGGAUGGUUUUGAACCACCAAAAAUGAUUUCACAUGAUAUGGAUAUUGUUUAUGUAGCAUUUGAUGAUGCUGGUAAUACAGCAAAAUGUACUGUACAACUUCGAAUACCUGAUACACAACCACCUGUAAUGAAAUGUCCUGAUUCAUAUAUUGUUCCGGCUAAUGAUGGCGAAUUUGAAAAAUUAAUUACAUUUAACGAGAGUACAGUACAAAUGGUAAUUCAGGAUACCUCUAAUAUUACGGAUGUAACAUUUGAACCAUCUGAAGCUUUGCUUACUCUUAGCUCACAUGUUACAGUUGAAGUUACCGCUACUGAUAGCGCAUCAAAUCGGAAUAAAUGCAAAUUUCAAGUAUCUCUUCAGGCAAAACCAUGUUCUUCAUGGUCAUUGAUUGGUGAAGAAAAUGUUGAAAAAGAAUGUCAAAUACAAGGUAUCUCAACUAUUUGUACUGCUAAAUGCGCUAGAAGGUUCACGUUUGUUAAUGAACGAAAUGCUACGCAACAAUUUACGUGUACCAAUGGUAUAUGGUCACCAUCAAAUGUAAUACCAGCAUGUGUACCGAUUGCUUUAGAACCAGCACGUUAUGAAUUAAC